AUGAAUCGAUCUUUCAUAGCAUCAGAUGAAAAUUCAAAUCGUUUUCACACCAAAAGAACCAGGACAACCACUCCCGUUCCUCACAGACAGCCUUUGCAGCCCCUCACCUCUUCAUUCAACUCAUUAAGUAGCACAACUGAUGACCUAAACCCUCUUCAGCUUGGAUACUAUGCUCCAGAAAUUUAUGAAAACUUAUUUAAUUCAGAAUGCAGUUUCCUCGCAAACCCAGAAUAUAUGAAUUUUCAUACUGACAUUAAUUAUAUCUCUUCAAAAUAAAUAAAAACUUCUCUAAAUUAUUCGAUUUAUUCUAUAAAUUCUUACUAGUGAUAUAGUAUUUACUACAAACUUUAUACAAAAUGAGGGCAAUUCUUAUCGACUGGCUUGUAAGUGUGCAUCUUAAAUUCAAAUUUUCCCCUGAAACGCUUUAUUUAACAGUCAAUAUAAUCGACAGAUAUCUUGAAAAGAAAAAAAUAAAAAAACAAUUUUUACAGCUCGCUGGGGUUUCUGCAUUCCUUAUAGCAAGUAAAAGAAAUAAAAUGGUGACGUUGACGGAAAUUGGACUCCGAGGCGCACCUCCUAUGGAGCUGGUAGGACCCAUUGCUGAUGAAGCUGAAGAUGCAGGUCUCAUUCCUGUCCUAAGUAGGCCUUCAGUUGUGGGGAAGCCAUGCCGAAGAGGAAGUUUUAUUUCUCCCCCGAAGGUUUUCCCUGUCCCUGCCAGAUGGGCUAGAUAGGUUUUCCUACCACAUGGUCUUCCUUCAUCGGGACCAUCGGGGCACUCAGACAGAAGUGGCUCUGUCCAAAGGAGCUUAUCCCUUGGACAGGUGGUUUUGACCAGAAAUCAAGAUGGCGUCGGGCCUAGGAGUAUGGCCACAUCAGAACCUGACCCGGUGACGUCUUUCGAGCUGAGGUGUUGAGGUCCGUGGCUCGGCCGCGUAUGGCCUUACAAAACUAACUUAACUUAACUUAUAGCAAGUAAAUAUGAAGACAUCAGCCCACCAGCCAUUUCAGACUUGGUAUAUGUGACUGACAAAGCCUACACAAAGGAACAAAUUGUGGAGAUGGAAGAAGAUAUCCUCGUCACAAUCGAAUACCAAUUGGUGGUCCCGUCAUCUUGGAGAUUCUUUGAAAGACUUUCCAAGAUCACACAAAUGGAAGAAACUGAUAUCCAUUUCGGAAGAUUCUUAUUAGAGCUUUGUCUUGUUGAAUACCACAUGCUAAGAUAUAGACCCUCAGUUAUAGCUGCUUCAGCUGUAUAUUUGACCAGAAAAAUGUUCAAAGUCGAGCCUGCAUGGACACAGAACUUGCAGAGAAUUUCUAGAGUUGACGAAAACCAGCUCCGAGACUGUUCUAGGGACAUUUUAGUAGUAUUCCAAGCUGCUUCAAUACAUACUUUAACUGGCGUAAAAGACAAGUUUUCACGAAAAGAGUACUUAGAAGUGGCCAAGAUUCGAACUUCUUAA